GCCAUCACGAAGGACAACGUCGAUACACUGCCGGGCUGGAUGGCUGCAAAAUUUGGGAGGUCGCCCGUGCCACGUCGGCUGCUACGACUUUCUUCAAGCCCAUCAAGGUGGGCCGGGACGAGAUCGAGUUUAUUGACGCCGCAUUUGGAUACAAUAACCCUUGCGAGGUUCUUAUUGACGAAGCCCAGCGGCAGUUUCCCAGUCAUGGACAGAUGCAAGUCCUCAGUGUUGGCACCGGCAUUGGAGACGCUGUCGAGAUUGGCGGCUCGUGGCUUUCGAUUAUAAACGCACUGAAGAAGAUGGCAACAUCAUCCAAGAAGGUAGCGACGACUCUGCAGAGCCGGUACGGUGGUAGCGGCCGGUACUAUCGAUUCAAUGUCGACCAUGGCAUACAGGACAUCACACUAUCUGAUUGGGAGAAGUCCAGCAAGAUUUCAGCCCACACCAACAACUAUCUCAACGAGAACAUGUCGAAGAUCAAGACGUUCGUGGACAACUUUGUCGGCAUUGACCAGGGUGGGAAGGCAAUGGACGACCAGGAAUUGGCUUCGAGCACGAUCGGGGCGGGAAGACACACGCAGCGGAUGCCCGUCGAACUUGGCGGACCAACCAAAGCUUCUCGCCAUUACAUUCCUCUGGACGAAAAUGAGCGCUUUGUCGGCCGAAAAACCCAAUUGAAUCAGCUCAAAGCGUUGUUCGACAAGAGGAGGCCGAAGGUUGCGCUCGUGGGCUUAGGCGGCAUGGGAAAGACGCAAGUGGCAUUACAGAUUGCAUACUGGGUGAAAGAAUGCAGAAGGGAGCACUCCGUCUUCUGGCUGCCAGCACUAAGCGACGGCAGCUUCGAGCAGGCGUGCGCCGACAUAGUGAGCACGUUCGACAUACCAACAGCCGCAGACAACGACGACGCGAGAAAGGCAUUGCGGCGGUAUCUGAGCUCUGAUUCUGCUGGCAAGUGGCUCCUCGUCGUGGACAAUGCCGAUGAUAUGAAGCUGCUCUUCAGUACACCAGAGGCGCCCGGCGGCUUAAACCAGUAUCUUCCCAAGAGCCGGCACGGCGUGACGUUAUUCACGACUCGCUUCACCGAGGUAGCCUUCUCCGUAGCAGGAAGUGACGUGGUGGAGCUACAUGAGAUGGAUCCGGAAGAGGCGAAAGCCUUCAUGACCAAGUCUGUCGCUCAGAAGGAUCUGCUCCGCGACGACGCGGUGACGGCAACGCUGCUAGAGAAGCUCGCAUACUUGCCGCUAGCGAUAACACAGGCGGCGGCGUACCUGAACAUCAAAAAGACGCCGGCCGCGGAGUAUCUCAAACUGCUGGAUGCCACGGAGGCAGACGCCAUCGGACUAAUGAGCGAGGAGUUCCGGGACGACACUCGAUAUGAAGGAUCACGAAACGCGGUAGCGACGACGUGGCUCGUGUCCUUUGAUCACAUUCGCGAUUCAGACCCGGCAGCGGCCGAGCUGCUAUCUUUCGUGUCGUGUAUAGAGGCGAAAGGGAUUCCUCAAUCGCUGCUUCCCCGAUUUGAGCCAGCACAGCAGCUGGCGAGUGCAAUCGGGACGCUGUGUGCAUACGCCUUCCUCACCUGGCGCGGUGACAGCAAGAUCUUUGACAUGCACCGGUUGGUUCAGCUGGCAGCUCGAAAUCAGCUGCGUCAGGCGGGCCUUGAGGCACAGGAAAUGAGGAAGGCAAUCCGGCAUGUGCAGUAUGUGUUUCCGGAUGACGACUAUGAGAACCGAGAAACGUGGAGGGAAUACCUUCCACAUGCUUUCCGACUGCUCAGCAGCGGUGACGGGGACGAUAUGGAGGAGAAAUAUACACUGAAUUUCUGGGUUGGACGUUGUUUGCUAGCAGACGGGCGAGUCAAGGAAGCAGUCCGGCACCUAGAAGAGACUCGUCGAUGGCGUGAAGGUCGAUUUCAAGAAGAUCAUCCAGGUCGACUAGCGUCACAGCAUACGCUCGCAUCAGCAUAUCUAGCAGACGGACAGGUGAAGAAGGCGGUCGAGCUACUAGAGUAUGUGGUAACAGUACGAGGGAGGACUCUGGCGGAAGAGCACCGUAAUCGACUAGCGUCACAGCACGGGCUCGCAUUAGCAUACCUAGAAGACAGACAGGUGAAGAAGGCAGUCGAGCUACUAGAGUAUACCGUUGCGGUAAAAGGGCGGACUCUCUCGGAAGAGCACCCUUCUCAACUCACGUCACAGCAUGCGCUCGCAUUAGCAUAUCGAGCAGACGGACAGGUCAAGGAGGCGGUCGAGCUACUAGAACAUAUAGUAGCGGUGCGACGGAGGACGCUCGUGGAGGACCACCCAGAUCGACUAGCGUCACAGCACCAGCUCGCAUCAGCGAAUCGAGAAGACGGACAGGUAAAGAAGGCGGUCGAGCUACUGGAGUAUGUAGUAAGAGUACGAGGGCGGACACUCUCGGAAGAGCACCCCGCUCGACUAGCGUCACAGCACGGGCUCGCAAUGGCAUAUCGAGCAGACGGACAGGUCAAUAAGGCGGUCGAGCUUCUAAAGUAUGUGGUGGCGUUGCAAAGGAGGGCGUUCGCAGAGGACCACCCCUCUCGACUGGUUUCACAAGAGGCACUUGCGCUUAUGUUACUCGAUUACAAGCUGGUGGACCUGGCUGGCCCGUUUUAGGAGUCCGACAUUGCGGUUCGAGUAGAGGACGCCGGCGGGCAAUGACAAGUCUACCUUUGCCCUCCGGCGGCUUCUUACCUACGAGGUGGACGUCGAGAAUUACCUGGAUGUUUCUUCACACGUCAUGUACUGCACAGCAGAUACUAUACAGCAGUAUUGAGAGGGCC